GAGAAGACGGAAGUGCAAAGUCUGUCUGGGCGGGGAUCGGCUUACAAGGGAAACUCGCUUUAGCCUUCACGUGUAAGAAAGUUUCACUUUGUGCACUGAGAUGUGCAUGCGGGGACGUCUCCAAGCGAACGAAGAUCCACGCGAAGAGCACAAUUGUAUAUUUUCAGGCUCACAUCAUUUGAAUCAUCAUGGCUCCACAUCCAGUGAUACAGGCAGUAAUUGACUUCUCAGCAGGAGCAGUAGGUGGAACUGCCUGCGUGCUGAGCGGCCAGCCGUUUGACACCGCAAAGGUGAAGAUGCAGACGUUUCCCACCAUGUACCGUGGCUUCGUCCACUGCUUCGUUUCAACCUUCAGGCAGGUGGGGUUCCGUGGCCUCUACCAGGGCACAGUCCCGGCCCUCAUAGCCAACAUCUCCGAGAACGCUGUGCUCUUCCUGGGCUACGGCCUCUGCCAGGAUGCAGUCCGCUUCUUGAUCAGGAAGGACAAAGGGGCCGAACUCAGUGAUUUUCAGAAGGCGUCUGCAGGGGGUUUAGCCUCCAUCUUCUCAGCCAUGGCGCUUUGCCCCACGGAGCUGGUCAAAUGUCGUCUGCAGGCCAUGCACGAGAUGGAGAUGUCAGGCAAGGUAGCAAAAGGACAGAAAAGCACGGUGUGGAGCGUGGUUAAGACGGUCCUGAGGACAAACGGCCCUUUGGGUUUUUACCAAGGGCUGUCAACCACCAUCGUGAGGGAAAUUCCAGGUUACUUCUGCUUUUUCGGCGCCUAUGAACUGUGUCGGUCUGAAUUUGCGCAACACAUGGGGACGGACAAGGAGGGUAUAGGUAUCCUUCCACUCAUGUUCAGUGGUGGAUUUGGGGGAGCUUGUCUUUGGUUGGUGAUCUAUCCUAUAGACUGUGUGAAGUCCAGAAUCCAGGUUUACUCCCUAGCUGGGAGGCAAGAGGGCUUUGUGAAGUCCUUCAGGGCUAUUGUACGCAACGAGGGGUUCGCUGCUCUGUACUCCGGCCUCACUCCUACCUUGAUACGCACCUUCCCUGCCAACGGAGCCCUCUUCCUGGCUUACGAGUUCAGUCGCAAGUUUAUGAUGGAGAGAGUUGGUUCCUGAUGUAGGGGAUCUUUUUCCACUUGGAGCAAAUACCUAAACACUACCCCUAGUAUUUUUUAAACGGAGAGGAUUGUUAUAUUGUAUGUUAAUAUUGGCUGAGAUGGAACUUUUUAAGUAUUUAUUAAAAACAAAAUCUCUGUGAAUCA